AUGCACAGCUUAAAAGACAAGGGUAAAGCUAUAGAUAAUAGCUCACCAGGUGCACAAGGCAUAAAGCAUGGUAGCCCAUGUCUUACAAAUGUAUAUCAAUCCACAAUUGUGAAUGCAUCAGGAUUCACAAGUGUGAGUAGAGCACAUAUUGCUAGAAGAACAACAAUCAACAUUGCUGGGAAUUCAAAUCAGAAAACUCAAUUCUCCCCACUAGAUCCACAGUACAAUAUUCCCUUUAUAGCUCUUCUAGAAACAAAACUAAAGGAAGAAAAGAUGGAAUUUAUAUAUCAGUACAAUAUUCCCUUUAUAGCUCUUCUAGAAACAAAACUAAAGGAAGAAAAGAUGGAGCAUAUUGCCAGGAAAUUUGCUAGAGACUGGAAUUGGAUUUCAAAUGUUCAGGAAGCUGUAUCAUGCCUAAUGUCUGUGGUUUAUGCCUCAAAUCAAAGGGAGAAUAGGAAAAGAUUAUGGCAGGAUCUUCUGGAAAUCAAACAAAAUGUAAACUGCCCUUGGUUGGUUGGUGGAGAUUUUAAUGCAAUCAUUAGUGCUGAAGAAAAAAUGGGAGGAGCUCCUAUUUCAGAUGCUGACACAGAAGACUUCCAAAACUUUAUAUCAUCAAGCCAACUACUUCAUAUCAAAUCUAUUGGAUGUUUCUACACUUGGAAUAAUAAGCAAGAUGCUAAUACUAGAGUCUGGAGCAGAAUAGACAGAAUUCUGAUUAAUGAUAGAUGGUUGCAUCAUUAUACAUCAAGCCAGGUGGAAUUUCUAGUACCAAUGUGCUCAGAUCAUUCUCCAGCUCUUGUAUCUGUUGGGGAGGAGGAUUUUCAAGGAAAAAAACCUUUUAAAUUCUAUAAAAUGUGGACAAAACAUCCUAACUUCUUAGCACUUGUGAAUUCUGUCUGGGGUCAAGAGAUAAAAGGGUACAACAUGUACAAGUUUUACUCUAAACUUAAGAUGCUGAAACCUGUCCUCAAAGAGUUAAAUAAGAAGCACUUCAUGAACAUUGGGGAGCAAGUUGCAAGAGCUAAAGAGGAAUUACUGGGAGUACAAAAUCAGAUGAGUCUGGAUCUUCUAAACCAGAAUCUGAUUACUCAGGAAAAAAAAUGCAUUCAAAAAUAUAACAGGCUGCUUCAAUGUGAAGAAUCAUUUCAUAGACAAAAAGCAAAUAUCAGUCGGGCUGUGCAUGGGGAUAGAAGCUCACAAUAUUUCCAUUCAAUCAUGAAAGCUAAAAGACAUCAAAAUAGAGUGUUAACACUCUAUUCAGAGAAUGAAAGGAGGAUUACAGAUUUGCCUGAAAUUGCUACUGAAUUUAUUGAAUAUUACAGAAAUAUGCUUGGGAAAAAAAUGAAUACUCUAGAACCAGACCCUGCAGUCAUCUCUGAUGGUCCCAUUCUUAUGGAUAGACAUAGAAAUGAACUGGAGUCUCCAAUCACUAAUGAAAAGAUCAAGCAUGCUGUUUUUACUAUCUCUGAUGAAAAGGCCCCUGGACCUGAUGGUUAUAUUGCAUCAUUUUUCAAAAGCACCUGGAAUAUUAUUAGUGCAUACAUGAUCAAGGCUGUUCAGGAGUUUUUCAGUUCUGGAAGGAUUAUCUCAAAUAACAUUCUACUUGCUCAUGAGCUGGUAAAGCAUUAUGGUAGGAAACAUAUAUCCCCAAGAGCUACACUCAACAUAGAUUUGAGAAAAGCAUUUGAUACAAUAAGCUGGGAUUUCAUUAAAGCUAUGUUGACAGGAUUGGGAUUUCCAGGAAAAAUGAUUGGAUGGAUUAUGACCUGUAUAACUACUACAAAAUUUUCACUAUCCCUUAAUGGAUCUCUACAUGGAUACUUUAAAGGGGCAAGGGGACUGAGGCAGGGGGAUCCUCUAUCACUAUAUUUAUUUGUUAUUGGGAUGGAGUAUUUGUCCAGGAGGAUGAAGAAGCUUAGAACUGAUAACCUGUUCAAAUACCAUCCUAGAUGCUCUGGCUUGGGGAUAACUCACUUAAUAUUUGCGGAUGAUUUGCCAUUGUUCAGCAAAGCUGAUAUCCAGUCUAUUAGUAAACUGAAUAGUUGUCUUCAAGACUUCAGUAGAGUUUCUGGAUUAGAAGCAAACUCCAAUAAAUGUGCUGUCUAUCUGGGAGGGGUUGAGGACAAUGUCAGGAACCAAAUAUGUUCUCUACUGAGCUUUUCUGAAGGUUCUCUACCAAUUAGAUAUUUGGGGAUGCCUCUGAUUUCUAAAAGACUUUUACAUCUUGAUUGCUCAAGUUUGAUUAGCAAAAUUUUAGAACAGAUUCAAGGAUGGCAAAGCAGAAGAAAAAUGUUAUAUGCUGGAAGAAUUCAGUUAAUUAAAACUGUUAUUAUGGGGAUUCAGAAUUAUUGGACAAUAUCUUGGAGAGAUGUAUGCACAGACAGGAAAAUGGGUGGUCUGGGGUUAUACAGUGCAAAAACAUGGAGUUAUGCAGCUGCAAUGAAACUAUUAUGGAUGAUUCAUACAAAAAAAGAUAUAUUAUGGAUUAAAUGGGUGCAUGAAAACUACAUACACCAAGUGGAUAUAUGGCAAAUUCAAGCAAGAAGAACUGAUUCUUGGAUGUGGAGGCAAUUACUCAAGGUUAGAGACUUGGCUCUCAAUAAAUUUGGUGAUAGUAACAAUCUACAGAGAGUUAUGAAAGAAUGCUAUGAUAAUGGAAAAAUACAAAUAUCUGAGAUAUAUAAAGCCCUGACUCACUCGACAACUCCUAAUGAUACAAUGUCAGACUCAAUCUGGGGGGGCUGCACUACCCUAAACACUCAAUAA